AUGACGCAAUUAAAAUAUUUGUUGCUGGUUUCUAGGCAAGGAAAAAUCAGAUUAAAGAAAUGGUACACGGCAAUGUCCGCUGGUGAAAAGGCAAAAAUUGUGAAAGACUUGACACCUACGAUAUUAGCAAGAAAACCCAAAAUGUGUAACAUCAUCGAGUAUAAUGACCACAAAGUAGUAUACAAGCGAUAUGCUAGUCUAUAUUUUAUUGUUGGGAUGACGCCCGAUGUUGACAAUGAACUGCUGACCUUGGAAAUUAUCCAUCGGUUUGUCGAAACAAUGGACACAUAUUUCGGCAAUGUUUGUGAGCUAGACAUUAUAUUUAACUUCAGUAAGGUCUACGAUAUCUUGAAUGAGAUGAUUAUGUGCGAUGGCUCCAUCGCAGAGAGCAGUAGGAAGGAAGUACUGCACCAUGUGACCGUGAUGGACACCAUGGAGAGCAACGAUAAUCUUGAAAGGGUAUUGAGUUAG